AUGCUACCCCCUCCAGCAAUACUCAUUGGGGCCCUUGGGUUCGCCCAUUUCGCUGUUGCUAGCGACCCGCCUGACUUUUCCACCUACCAAUACCCCAACGCCCCCAAAAUCCAAUUUGAACCAGAGUACGACUUUUGUAUUGUCGGUGGAGGGACAGCUGGCYUUGUUCUCGCCAAUCGUCUCACGGAGAGCGGUAAACACAAUGUCAUUGUCCUCGAAGCAGGACCUUCCCCGGAAGCCGUGGCAUCUUCCAGGUCCACCGGAGGACACUCUUUCGGACUCAACGGUGCGAAGAGCUUGAUAGACUACAACUUUGACACUGUUCCCCAGAAGGGUUUGAAGAAUCGAACUCUUACCUACCAUCGUGGACGAGCACUGGGAGGUAGUAGUGCCACCAAUGGCCUCUUCUACGGUAUGGGAAGCUCCACCGUCUACGAUUCAUGGGAGACCGAUGGGAACCCUGGCUGGAACUGGUCGACCAUUCAAGCGGCUGCUAAGCAAGGUACUGUCUUUGUCGGCAACCCAGACAACACCAACGACCCCACUGGUAUGACCUGGGAUCCAGCAAACUACGGCACCGAAGGCCCUCUCAAGAUUGGGUUCCAGGGCCACGUCUCCGCCUCUAUUCCAUCGUUUAUGAACGCCACCAGCGCCAUCGGACUUUCCAWCGUCAACGACCAGAACGGAGGAUCACCCGUGGGCGUCAAGCAGGGAACCAUGAUCAUAGACGAGAACUAUCAACGCAGUUCAUCCUACGACUCAUACUACCAGGCAGCCAAACAUCGUCAAAAUCUCAACGUUCGAGAACGGGCCAUUGUUACGCAGGUCAUUUUCGACGAGGACACUAUCGGAACUGAUGAAGUACACGCUGUUGGUGUCUCCUUUAUGGAUUCCGGCAUCUUUCACAACAUCUCAUGCUCGAAAGAGGUCAUCAUCUCCGCUGGAGCCUUCCACAGCCCUCAUAUCCUCAAAUUAUCUGGAGUUGGCCCGCGGGAAGAGCUGGAAAAGAAUGGUGUUCCGGUCGUGGUGGAGAACGAGAAUGUUGGACACCACAUGCAAGAUCACACGUCGUUUAGUGUCAUCUACUCCGUCAAGCCGGAAUUCGCGGACAUCGCCAGUAACACGAGAAUGUUCACGGACCUCACCGUCUUGUCGGAGCAACAACGUCUCUUCUACAGUGCCUCCAAUUCCAAGGAAAAGUCUCGCAGCAAAUGGUCCGAUCCAUCUGGAUGUACAAACGCCUUCCAGCACAUCGCCUCAGAGGAGCUCGAAAGGAUGGGCGCUGGGGAUAUCCUGAAAGCCGGCUGGGCCGAUCAAGCCCACAAUGAAAUCCUCUACGAAGCGGUCUGGUAUCCUCUAGCCAACACCAAAUAUGGAGCUCCUCAGGCGAACACUUCGUACAUCUCACUCACAGUCUCCAAUUUGGCCGCGUUGUCCAAGGGAAGUGUCAAGAUCGAUGGCAAGUCCGGGCUGGGUGAUCCGGUGAUUGAUCCGAACUACCUCCACGAGACUGCCGAUCAAGUCRUGGCAGUCGAAGGUGUCAAGUACCUUCGCAAAAUCGCUCAACACCCAUCUUGGCAGCAGUGGAUCACUGAAGAGGCGGCACCUGGGAUAGAAGUCCAGAGUGAUGAAGAUAUUCUCGACUAUGCCAGGACAACUAUGAUCCCCAAUUGGCACGCAUCGAGUACCUGCCGCAUGCUUCCCAAAGAAAAGGGCGGCGUGGUCGACUCUCAUCUUCGAGUGUAUGGCACCAAAGGCCUUCGAGUUUGCGAUGUUUCAACUUUUGGCCGUCUGCCGGACGUGAACUUGGUGGGCCCGGUCUUUGCAGUCGCUGAGCGGGGUGCCCAGAUCAUCAGGGAAGAAUAUGAUGAUCGGUCUCCUCCUGCCGCGCGCACACGCAGGGUUUAA